UGUUUCCACGCGUCACUGUACGCGUCGAAGCCGUUUUCCUGUUUCAUGGCCCCUCACACAGCUGCAGCUAAACGUUGAUCAACGUGGGCGACCAGUCAAUACCCGCGAGAUCCGACACAGCAUCCACCGACACACUACACAGCAAGCAGCCAUGGCAGACCGAGGCACAGCAAUGCCGCCGGGGAGUGUGGCCCCGCAGCCAGCCAGUCCCCGCUCAGAGGACCAGGCAAAUUCGCCGCCGCGCAAACGACCAAGAACCCAAGCCCCAACCCAGACGGCAGCGCCGAGUACAGACGUUGUCGACUUCGCGCCUCAGCCCACAACCGAGCCGCCACCUCCGACCGUUUCGCAGCCUGCACAGGCGCGUCCUUCUGAGAUACACCGCUUCCUCGUACAGCCACUCCAUCGCUUCCAGGGCGCAUCUGCAAGCAUCAAGCGCCCCCGCGAAGUCGCUCACUUCUCCUACGACGACAACCACGAGUACCGUGACGACGAGUCGAGCAUCAACUACUACAUACCACCACCCCUGGGUGCAGAUCUGAAAGAGGGGUUCGACACCUUCAAACACUAUGAAGACAAGGAGGAUCCGCAUCUGGACAGCCUCCUCAGGGCAUUGAUGCACAAGGAGAAGGAGAGCAAGGAUGCCGGACGUGCGAAAAUCAGGGCAGACUUUGUGACCUGGAGAGGCAUGAUGACGAAAAUCAUGACCGCCCCCUACGACAACUUCGCCGAGUUCUCCAUGUUUGCGACCCUCCACGAUGGCACAAUAUACGUUGAAGAAGACUUCCCGUCGCGCGCCGCCUCCCGUGCUGCCGAAACCUCGCGUCCCCCGCCCCGCAGCCACCACCCCGACCAGCAAUCUCAAGCCAUGAUGGCCUACUGGGGCUACAAAUUCGAAACCCUCUCGCUAAUCCCCUCCCUGCCAGCCACCACCGCUCCUGCCCAGAUCCGUGCACACCAACAGUCCAUCACUUCGAACCACGCCCAGCACUGCUCCAUCGUACACACCUCCUUCGGGCCGCACACACUGCUGCUUGGCGGUGAAGUCGAUGGGCUGCUCGCUGCAAAGCCGCAGAAUCCUGACGAACCGGUGCCUUGGGUCGAGCUAAAGACGGCUGAGGAGCUGCCGCCCCGCGAGCGCCAGCAGCACCGCGAUGUGCUGCGCUUCGAGCGCAAGCUGCUCAAGUUCUGGGCCCAGAGCUUUCUGCUCGGCGUGCCGCAGAUUGUGGUUGGCUUUCGCAGUAAGGCCGGUGUGUUGAGGGGUUUGCAGACGUUCAAGACGCACGAGUUACCAGGCAUGGUGCGCCGGGGAACGGCCUGUUGGGACGGAAAUGUGUGUAUUAAUUUCGCAGCCGAGUUCUUGGGGUGGCUGAAGGAGACGGUCAAGGGGGAGGGUGUGUACAGUGUGGUGUUGCGGAAGAAGAGCGGGGUCGUCGAAGUUACAAAGGUGCGAGAGGGGACGGGGGGGAUCGUCAGUGAGGACUUUCUUGCAUGGAGAAAGGACAGACAUGGCGCCGGUGAAGAAGCAUCGACACAAGAAGAUGUCGACGACAAGUCAAAAGUUGAGUCUACCGUUUGAUCACUACAGCUACUAUAUACCCACCACAAACAACACAGCAA